AUGGGAAAUUCUGGCUCUUUCGUGAGGGGAAAGAAUCGGAGAAAGAAGGAAGGGAAAGGGAAGAAAUGGGAAGAGAAGAAAUUGAAAGAUAAGAGAUCUGAAAAAACAAACAAACAAAAACAUGGGUUAAAACAUGGGUUAAGGGAAAGGAAAGAACGGAGGAAAAAGGAAUGA